GGCUAAUCCACAACCAACCCCGCCUCUUCACUUUUCGAUGACUCAAAAUCUGUAGCCUUUUCUGGGUUGAGACUAUAGGCAGCUAUUUUAAAUCACUUUUCAGCAACGACACCGAAAAGACAAGCUUUUGAAAAUAUGGUUGAAGCUAUCGUCUAAUCUUGAUCAAAACUCAGAUUGCGUGCCCACGAAAUUUCAAGAAAAUGGAGCUGACUUCAUCGCUAACAGUCAUUUGCAUCGCUUUGUCAUCAUGCACAUCGACCUCUUAUUUUAGCAAUAAUCUUGUUUUGGAGCCGUAUGAUUUCCUUUUUGACACGGCGGUGGAAGCCUACUAUAAGGCAGACUGGCUCUCGGUAAUUCUCAACAUGGAGAAAGCUCUCCGGAACCGAGCGACAAUACGUAAAGUGAAGGCAGACUGCCGACUCACAUGCGCCAACCUGACCGCUUUCGAAGACUCCAUGCCCGGCCACGGAACCUCCAUACCCGGGGACGGAUCUGUGGAGGAUCUGUGUUUCUUCCGGAAAAUUCUGAAACACGCGGACUGUGUGAAUUCUUGCGAAACUGCGAAGCUUGGCAUACCAAGUAUGCAUCAAGUCAGUGAAAACGUGGAGUUGGAGUUUGUGAGGAGGACCCCUUACAAUUACUUGCAAGUCGCAUAUUUCAAGAUUAAUAUGCUGGACAAGGCAGUGGCAGCAGCCAACACAUUUUUCCAUGCAAACAAAGAUCACACGGAGAUGAGACAGAACCUGGACUACUACAGCACAAUGUCAGAAGUGCAGGAAAAAGAUUUCAAAGAUCUUGAAGCCAGGCAGCAUAUGGGAAACUUCUUGGAAGCGAAAAGUUACUACAGCGACAACUCUUUCGACCUGGCAGCCAAACUGUUUGAGGUGGCUUUAGAUGAUUACUUCACUGCUGAUGAAGAGUGCAGAGCACUUUGUGAGGGACGCUACAACUAUGAUGGCUACAAUUACAUGGAGUACAAUGCUGACCUCUACCAGACAAUUACAGACCAUUACACACAGGUACUAAAUUGUAAACAGCACUGUUCUGUGGAGCUAGCCUUUGCUGAUGCUGGAAGUGACAAGCCAUUGGAGGAUUUCCUUCCCUCGCAUUUUAACUACCUGCAGUUUUCAUACUAUAACGUCCAAAUGGAUCUUUGCGAUUCAAGGAUCCCAAACUUUGCAGUUGUGCAUGGAGUAUACUAUACAGGUGAACGCUAUGACCUUGCCAUCGAAUGUGCAAAGACCUUCUUGCUCUUUCAUCCUGAUAAUGAAGUGAUGAAACAAAAUCUUGCUUAUUAUUCAGCCAUACUGGGGAUGGACAAGGCAGACUUUAUACCAGCAAGACAGAUGGUGAAGCGGUUCAUUCAGCGUUCCUUGCUGGAGAAAGAAUUAAUGUACUUUGGAUAUGAAGCAUUUGGAAUAACAUUUAUUGAUCCCGACAAUUGGACUCCAGAUUAUAUCAUCCCAAGAAAAUUGAGAGAAAAACAGAAGGCUGACAGAGAAACAGCGGUGAGGAUCACGGAAGAAAUAGGAAAUCUGAUGAAAGAGAUUGAAACUCUGGUUGAAGAGAAGAAGAAUGAUUCUACAGAUUUGGAAAACAUGGUUUUAGCACAAGCAGGUGGGACUGUAUUUGACAACAUUAAAGUGACCUUGACAUCCAUGCAACUAAACGGUUCUCAACGGGUCUUGCUUGAUGGUGUUCUCACCGAUGUUGAGUGCAUGGAGUUGCGCCGUCUGUCAAAUGCAGCUGCUUUCAAAGGUGAUGGUUACCAUGGACAUCCUUCCCCCCACUCCACUGCUGAUAUGUUUCAGGGAAUUACUAUUUUGAAGGCUCUGAAGAUGGCACAAGAAGGAAUGGUUUCACUGAUGGAUGUCCGUCUAUUCCUUGAUGUUAGCGAGAAAGUGAGGAAGGUUUUGGAGUCAUAUUUUCGCUUGAGUUCCCAGCUGUACUUCUCCUAUUCACAUCUGGUGUGUCGAUCUGCGAUUGAGGAGAAGCAAAAAACGCGUAAUGAUCUGAGCCAUCCUGUUCAUGUUGACAACUGUCUGCUGGUCUCAGAGCUCAAUGAGUGUUUAAAGGAACCGCUUGCAUUCACACAUCGAGAUUACAGUGCAAUACUUUACCUGAAUGAUGACUUUGAAGGAGGAGAUUUUAUUUUCACAGAAAUAGAUGCCAAAGUAGUCACGGCUACAGUGCGUCCACUGUGUGGCCGUGUGGUUGGAUUCGGAGCAGGAAAGGAAAACACACAUGGUGUGAGAACUGUAACAAAGGGACAGAGGUAUGCUGUUGCACUGUGGUUCACCUUGGAUCCCGCUCAUGAGGAAAAGGAAAGAAUCAAAGCUCAACAUAUGAUGGAGAUGUUAUCCACCACUUUUAUGAAAGAUUUUAACUCAAAAGAGGAAAUAUUGAGCUCAGACUACUAUUACAUGGUGACACAACCACCAAGAGAGAAUGUCAAGGAAAAAGUGGAUCAACAAGAGACUGAAGAUGUAGAGGAAGUUAACACAUAUAAUAUACCAACGGCAAGAAUAGCUGAGGUCAAGACGGAUGGAGUACAUCAUGUGAACAUGGAUGGACAACAGACACUCAAAACAAAAGUGCAGCAGUUGGACAAAAAUAAUUCCAAAAAUGCACUCAAAAUGUAUGCUCAAACACCUUCCUCUACGAAAGGCAGGGAUGAGUUGUAAUACUGGACGUUUUUUGUUGAUACUGUGUGGCCUCAUUGAAAUUGAGUGAAAAUACA